AUGGUGUCACUUUUGCAAAUGCUUCUUUUUAUUAAAGUCAAAGCUUUCGCUAAUGCUAGCGAAUUACCGCAUUGUUGUACAAGUGGCAAGAAACAUUUUGAGCAGUCAUCAUCGUGUACUGAAAUAAAUCUCAACGAAACAGCAAGUACUACUUGUAUCCUGACCGCAUCGAUAUGUUGCAUGGAUACCUUGCUGGAGCAUAAUUGUAUUCAUGGUAUGAAAAUGGCUGAAAACGAAGACCAAUGCUCAUUGAAUAUUGAUCAAAUUGGCGGAGUAAUCCGUAAGGAAUGUUGUGAGUGUUGCCUUUUGGCCAAGGAACUAUUACGAAAUGAUAAAAACUGCGUAGCACCGAAUGGUUUUGGUGCAAAAUGUUUACAAUCCUUUUAUCAAUGCUGCUCUGAAGACGCUGAAUCAAAACACGUUUUACUGCAUCAUCGUUAUGAAAAUCAUUCGGAUUUGGUGGGUCUUUUGAGUGUCGGAGAUCGUUGUAUAUUAGCAAAAUGUGAACACGUGUGUACGGAUCGAGGAGGUACCACAGUGGAAUGUUCCUGCCGUCCUGGGUAUGAAUUAGGACCGGAUGGUCACUCUUGUAUCGACAUAAACGAAUGCGACACGUGGGAUUCGGUGUGCCCAUUGCCUAAUUCAUUAUGUCUCAAUACACCUGGAUCGUUCUCCUGCGUCUGCUUACCAGGCUUCUAUUGGAGUGAUAUCGGCUCCGUUUGUGUAGAUAUUGAUGAAUGCUUACUACUAGCGGAUGAUUGUUUGGAAAAUCAACGUUGCUUGAAUACUCCUGGCUCAUUCAAAUGCAUACGAAUAUUAUCCUGUGGUACCGGAUAUGCGUUAAAUAGCGAUACUGAACAAUGCAUUGAUGUGGAUGAAUGUAAUCUUGGUUCUCAUGAUUGUGGACCGUUGUAUCAAUGUCGUAAUACGCAAGGCAGCUAUCGUUGUGACCCGAAGUGUGCCGAAGGUGAAUUGAUGAAUCCACGAACCGGUGAAUGCACAAGUAUGGAGUGUCCCACUGGUUAUAAAUCAAAUCGAGGACGUUGUGAAGAUGUUAACGAAUGUGAGGUAAAGGGGCGAUGUAUGCAAUUUGAAGAAUGUAUAAAUACUCCUGGAUCAUUUCGCUGUCAGGAACGAGGAAAUCUAUGUGCGAAUGGCUAUCGUAUGGAUCGAGAUACUGGAAUCUGUGUUGACAUCAAUGAAUGCGCCAAUGGAACUCAUUUUUGUGGUGACAAACAAUGCAUCAACUUGUUGGGUAGCUAUAAAUGCCGUUGUUCAGCGGGUUUUGAAUUUAAUGAUACGACGAAACGCUGCGAAGACGUGGAUGAGUGUAAAAAGUUUGCGGGAUACGUUUGUUCUUUGCAUGCAACUUGUAAGAAUACGUAUGGCUCAUUUAAAUGUCAUUGCAAAGCUGGCUUCAAAAUUGCAAAAGAUGCACGAAACUGUGAAGAUAUUGAUGAAUGUAGUCUCGGUGUAGCGAAUUGUGCACAGAAGUGCAUCAAUAUACCUGGUAGUUAUCAGUGCAUUUGUGAACAUGGCUAUCGCCUCGGUACUGAUGGAUUUACCUGUGAAGAUAUCGAUGAAUGUUCUCUUUGGGCCGGUUCAGGUGAUGAUAUUUGCAUGGGCCGCUGUAUUAACACUCCAGGUUCCUAUAAAUGUCAGUGUCCUACUGGUUAUGAAAUACAAGAAGAUGGUAGAACAUGUAAAGAUGUUGAUGAGUGCUUAAAGGGUGAAUGCCAAGGAAGAGACCAGAUUUGUGUAAAUACAUUGGGAAGCUUUAAAUGCCAUGUAAUACGUUGUCCACCGAAUUAUGUGCACGACAGAAAUUAUAAAAAUCGUUGUAACCGACUAAACCAUUUAUGCGACUCAUUAACUGAAGAAGAGUGUAAAAAUCAUGCAAUACGCAUAAGUUGGGAGUUUACAUCCAUAUCAAAACAAGAACCAAUUUCAUCGAGACGAACUUCCAUCACACUCUUUACUGUUCGUGGUCCGACAUCACCUUCAAGCAGUGUUCAGUUCGAGUUGAAGUUGAAAAGCGCCAUACCAGAAAAAUUCUAUGUGUUACCAGCAGUUCGAAGAAAUUUUCUCUUGCAAAAAAGUGAGGAAAAAAAUGGAGCAAUAAUUGCUCUGAGGGAUUCGUUGGAUGGACCGCAGGAGAUCAUUUUAGAGCUUAUUUUAAGACUUAGCAUUGAUGGUGUAUUUCAGAGUAAAUAUAUUGCUAAUUUGGUAAUCAACGUUGCUCCAAAUCGUAGACAACGAAUAACUCCUUUUUCUGAAAGUUCGACUUCAUGA